UAGACAAGUCACGAGACGGACAAACCUGAAGAAUGUUUCCAAGGGAUCACCUGGCUGUCACUUGCUGGCCAUGGAGAAGCGUGAGGAGGCUCUUCCUAUUGCUUUUUCUCUUGCUGUCUCAUGCGGCUCAUUUGGAAAGCAAAAAGGAUAAUCAGUUCCUCUGGAAAGCAGGUCCCUGGGGAAAGUGUACAGGAGAUUGUGGCCCGGGAGGAGUACAGAGUCGGGCAGUGUGGUGUUUUCACAUUGAAGGGUGGACGAGUCACCUGUCCAAUUGUGAUGAAAGCAACCGGCCUCCAAAAGAAAGAAGUUGUUUCCGCGUGUGUGACUGGCACAGUGAACUCUUCCAGUGGGAGGUUUCCGAUUGGCAUCACUGUGUAUUUGUUCCUUUGGGCCAAGGCGAUGUCAAGCCUCGGAGUUCAGAGUGUGUGACAGCUCAGCACGGACUGCAGCACCGGACCGUGCACUGUCUUCAGAAGCUGAACAGAACCAUGGUUGCUAAUGAAGUAUGCGAACAUUUUGCCCCUCAACCCCCCACAGAGCAAGCGUGCCUCAUUCCUUGUCCCCGAGAUUGUGUUGUCUCUGAGUUUUCCCCGUGGUCCAAGUGUAGCAAGGGGUGUGGCAAGAACUUGCAGCACAGAACUCGUGUGGCGCUGGCCCCCCCACUCUACGGUGGUUUGCCAUGUCCAAAUCUCACAGAGUGGAGAGUCUGUGAUGCUCCCAUUUCCUGUCCUCUUGGAGAGGAGGAACAUACUUACAGCCUUAAAGUUGGACCUUGGAGUAAAUGUAGACUGCCUCAUUUGAAAGAAGUUAAUCUCUCGGGAAGAACUGCUGUGGAUGUCAGCUCUGAUUCAGAUGAGCAGAUCACCUACAGACAUCAGAGUUACAAAGAUCACCAUCGCCAUUCUCUGCCCUGGGACCUAGAGAUAGGUUUUCAAACCCGGCAAGUUUGGUGUACAAGAAGCGAUGGGAAAAACGCCCUCAUAAGCCAAUGCCUGCAAGAUACCUUUCCUUUGACUGUUCAGUCUUGCAUUAUGCCGAAAGACUGUGAAACUACUGAGUGGUCGGCCUGGACCCCCUGCUCCAAGACAUGUCGUUCAGGCAAUCUCUCACCAGGAUUUAGGAGUAGGAGCCGGAAUGUGAAGCACAUUGCUGUUGGCAGUGGUAAAGAAUGCCCAGAACUUCUUGAGAAAGAAGCCUGUAUUGUUGAAGGAGAACUUCUGCAGCCAUGUCCCAGGUAUUCCUGGAGAACCUCUGAAUGGAAAGAAUGCCAAGUCUCUCUCCUUCUGGAGCAGCAGGACCCCCACUGGCAUGUGACAGGACCUGUUUGUGGCGGGGGCAUCCAGACGCGGGAGGUGUACUGUGCCCACAGCAUACCAGCGGCUGCUGCACAAAGGGCCAAGGAAGUCUCUAGACCAGUGGAAAAGACAUUCUGCUUGGGACCUGCCCCGCCAUCCUCGCAGCUCUGCAGUGUCCCGUGUUCUACGGACUGCAUAGUAUCUUCCUGGUCAGCCUGGGGCCUGUGCAUCCACGAGAAUUGCCGUAAUCCUCAGGGGAGAAAAGGAUUUAGAAUGCGGCAACGCCAUGUCCUCAUGGAAUCCACGGGUCCUGCGGGACAUUGUCCUCAUUUGGUGGAAUCUGUGCCUUGUGAGGAUCCUGUGUGUUAUCAGUGGUUGGUGUCAGAAGGCAUCUGUAUCCCUGAUCAUGGAAAAUGUGGCCUGGGGCAUCGCAUCCUGAAGGCCGUCUGCCAGGACACCCAAGGAGAAAAUGUUCCAGGAAGUCUCUGUCCUGUACCCUCUCCUCCGGAAAGGAUGACUUGUGACAUUCCCUGCAGAAUGGAUUGUGUGGUGAGCGAGUGGGCCAUGUGGUCGUCCUGUUCCCAGUCUUGUUCAAAUAAAAACUCAGAUGGGAAACAGAUGAGGUCAAGAAGAAUCCUGGCACUGGCUGGAGAAGGUGGGAAGCCAUGUCCUCCUAGUCAGGCCCUCCAAGAACAUCGUUUAUGCAAUGACCAUUCCUGUAUGCAGCUUUACUGGGAGACGUCACCUUGGGGACCCUGCUCUGAAAACACAUUGGUAACUGCCCUUAAUGUAACCAUUGACUGGAACGGAGAAGCUACGUGUGGUGUGGGCAUUCAGACGCGGAAGGUCUUCUGUGUCAAGAGUCAUGUUGGACAAGUGGUGACCAAAAGGUGUCCAGACUCUACUCGACCUGAAACUGUGCGUCCCUGUUUCCUCCCAUGCAAAAAAGACUGUGUUGUGACUGCUUUCAGCGAGUGGACACCCUGCCCCAGGUUGUGCCAACCAGGAAAUGCCACAGUAAAGCAGUCUCGAUACAGAAUUAUCAUCCAAGAAGCAGCCAAUGGAGGCCAAGAAUGUCCAGACACCUUAUUUGAAGAGAGAGAGUGUGAAGAUAUCUCUUUGUGCCCUAUGUAUCGGUGGAAGCCACAGAAAUGGAGUCCUUGUAUUUUAGUGCCAGAAUCUGUCAGACAGGGAAUAACAGGUACCAGUGAAGCCUGCGGAAAAGGACUGCAAACAAGAGCUAUCUUAUGCAUCUCUGAUGACAACCAGCCUGCAGAAGUGACAGAAUGCCUCAAGCAGACACAUGGCAUGCCCCCCAUUGUUCAAGAAUGUACUGUCCCGUGUCGGGAAGAUUGCACCUUCACUGCUUGGUCUAAGUUUACACCCUGCUCCCUGAGUUGUGAAGCCACACAAAGCAGGCGACGGCAGCUAACAGGGAAAAGCCGAAAGAAGGAGACAUGCCGGGAUGCUGAACUGUACCCCCUGGAGGAAACAGAACUCUGUCCCUGUGAUGUAUUUACAUCCCAACCUUAUGGAAAUUGGUCUGACUGCAUUCUUCCAGAAGCCAGAAGAGAGCCUCCAUGGGGACUGCAGGUACAAGGAGACAGCAAAGAAUGUGGAGAAGGAGUGCGCUUUCGAGCCAUAGUGUGCUCUGAUAAAAACGGAAGACCUGUGCAUCCCUCCCACUGUAACAGCUCUGGUUAUAUUCAAGAAGAAUGUGUUGUCCCCUGCCCGUUUGAUUGUAAGCUAAGUGAUUGGUCUAGCUGGGGCUCCUGCAGUUCCUCUUGUGGGAUAGGAGUGAGAAUUCGAUCCAAAUGGUUAAAAGAGAAGCCAUACAGUGGAGGUCGGCCAUGUCCCAAGCUGGAUCUCAAGAAUCAGGUGCAUGAGGCAGUCCCAUGUUACAGUGAGUGCAGUCAAUAUUCCUGGGUUGUGGAACACUGGUCUCCAUGCAAAAUCAACAAUGAGCUGAGAUCCCUGCGCUGUGGAGGAGGCACGCAAACUAGGAAAAUCAGGUGUGUGAAUACGGCAGACAGUGAAGGUGGCACAGUGGCUAACAGCUUAUGUGACCAGGACACAGCUCCGCCAGACAGCCAGCCCUGUUCCAUCCUGUGCCCCAGUGAGUGUGUCAUGUCUGAAUGGGGACCAUGGAGCAAGUGCCCCCAGUCAUGUGACCCCCACACAAUGCAGAGAAGAACUCGCCAUCUGCUGAGACCCUCGGCAAACUCGAGGACUUGUGCCGAAGACUCACAGGUGCAGCCCUGCCUCCUGAAUGAAAACUGCUUCCAGUUCCAGUACAACCUAACAGAGUGGAGCACAUGCCAGCUGAGUGAGAAUGCUACCUGCGGCCAGGGCGUCAGGACCCGCCUGAUUAGCUGCGUGCGCAGUGAUGGCAAGCCAGUGGACAUGGAGCAGUGCGAGCAGCGUAAUUUGGAAAAACCCCAAAGAAUGAGCAUCCCUUGUUUGGUGGAAUGUGUGGUCAACUGCCAGCUUACGGGGUGGACGGCUUGGACUGAGUGUUCACAGACCUGUGGCCAAGAAGGUCGAAUGAGCCGGACUCGAUUUAUCAUUAUGCCAACCCAAGGAGAAGGACGGCCAUGCCCCACAGAGCUUACCCAGCAGAAAGCCUGCCCUGUGACCCCCUGCUAUAGCUGGGUCCUUGGUAACUGGUCUGCAUGUAAAUUGGAGGGUGGAGACUGUGGGGAAGGAGUUCAGGUGCGCAGCUAUUCCUGUGUGGUCCACAAUGGUUCAGUUGCUCACACAGCUGCACGGGUAGAAGACGCGCUGUGUGGAGAAAUGCCCAUUCAAACCAGCAUCCUGAAGCAGCUCUGUUCUGUGCCUUGUCCAGGAGACUGCCAUUUAACUGCAUGGUCACAUUGGAGCACGUGUGAAUUGGCCUGCAUCAAUGGGAGAAGCUUUGAGACCAUGGGUCGCCAAACUAGGUCAAGGACGUUCAUAAUUCAGUCUUCGGAGAACCAAGACAGCUGUCCCCAGCAGGUUCUAGAAACUCGCCCUUGUGCAGGAGGCAAAUGUUAUCAGUACACAUGGAAGACAAGUCUUUGGCACAACAAUGAGCGAACUGUAUGGUGCCAGCGUUCAGAUGGCGUUAAUGUCACAGGUGGCUGCUCCGCUCAGGCCCGGCCUGCUGCUAUCCGGCAGUGCAUCCCAGCCUGCAGAAAACCUUUCUCCUACUGUACACAGGGUGGAGUCUGUGGUUGUGAGAAGGGCUAUACAGAAAUAAUGAGAUCAAAUGGUUUCUUGGAUUACUGCAUGAAAGUACCAGGCUCAGAGGAGAAAAAAGCUGACGUGAAAAACCUUUCAGGGAAAAACAGACCUGUGAAUUCCAAAAUACAUGAUAUUUUUAAAGGAUGGUCUCUUCAACCACUUGAUCCAGAUGGCCGAGUAAAAAUGUGGGUUUAUGGCGUUUCAGGUGGCAGUUUUCUUAUCAUGAUUUUCCUGGUAUUUACAUCCUAUCUUAUUUGUAAGAAGCCAAAACCACAUCAAAGCACACCUCCCCAACAGAAGCCUCUGACCUUAGCCUACGAUGGAGACUUUGACAUGUAACCUGAAAAGAAGAAAUCCAAAUGUAGACAUCAACUGCCUUAACUGCUUUCUCUUUUGUAGCUCUCAGACUUCUCAGUUUUUUGAGGAAUCUCCUGAUGUGAUAGAUUAGGCAGAAUACAAAUAUUGCAAAAGUAAUAUCGCCUCUACUUCAUUUGGACAUGGAGUCAAGAAUUCUUAGCUCUGCCAGUUUGUUUCCAAGUUGCUUGUGGGUGUUUGUUCCUGUUUGGCAGUGGGAUGACGAAGACAUAAUGGAAUCCCCACACGCUUGAGUAAACUUGAUCUUCAGCAGCACUAUGACAAUCCAGAGGAGAGUCCCAUCAAGGCAUUUACUGUAAAUGACAAGUCUAACCUUGCACUGUUAUGCACUAUAUUAGUGCAAAGUCUUUAUUCUUCCCAUGUUUCCAACGCUGAGUUUUCCAGAGUUUACAUUGGUUCAGAGACUCAAAUCGGAUUGCCUAUUUUCAUGAACACAAAGUGAAUGGGUUAUCAUUUCAGAAAUUCUCUGAGUUUCUACCUUUCAAUACUGUAUUUUGCUUUGUAGACAGGGGAUGGUGGCACUGCGUGGAUUGCUUCUGUUGAAGAUGAUGGGAUGUGCAUAACUACUGGAGUGCGUGAAAAUCAAAUGUUUCUGAAUGAAGUGCAUAUUGAAUGCUAGUGCGUGCAAAUGAGAAAGCUUAUUGGAGAAUGGGUUAAAUUAUUUGAUUAACAAAACCAUAUUUUAACAGAAUCUUAGCGAUGUAGAUAUAGCAUUGACCAUAUGCAGUUGUUAUUCAGUUUAAUAAUAACAAACUCUGCUUUUGUAAUUUCAAUUUUCUUAUCUGGAUAUUUAUAAAUUCUUUUUUUGAAUUUAAUUAUCUAACCUCAUUUAAUAUACAUCAAACACCAAUCCUGUUUGUAGCAAGUCUUGCUUUU